GCCACCAACAAACACACACAAACAGAGACACCUGUACACACACACACAGACAUAUACAUACACACACACAUACAGAUACAUGUAUACACACACAGGCAUGUACAGACACGCAUACACACAGAUACAUGUACAUACACAGAAAUACACACGCACAGACACAUGUACAUACAUACACAGACACAUGUACAUACAUACAGAGACACAUGUACACACAGACACAUGUACGUACAUACACACAAACACACACACACAUGUACAUGCACACACACACAGGCACAUGUACACACACAUGUACAUACACGCAGACACAUGUACAGAUACACACAUGUACAUACACACACACACACGCACCCCAUAAAAAGUUGCAGUACUUCAUUGUUCACUCACAGAGCCGGGUACUGCAAUCUAGGGGGAGGCAGAGAGCACAGCACACACUCCUUCCUUUGCUUUCACUGCAGUCAGCUAUUGAGCAGUCUGACGGCUCCCAGUGCCAAUAACAGAUCCGGCCUGAGCUCCGAGCCUUCUCAGCAAGACGGUGCUGGGGGACACACUUGCCCCCACCAUAAUUUCCACUCGCCAUUGGCGAGCAGGCGAGUAGAAAUUUCAGGC